CCGUCACUCCCUUACUUGAAAGUUAGAAAGGAAGAGAGAAGAUGAUGGAGGUAGAGAAACAGCAGGACCACCGCGACGGCGGCGUAGUGCUGAUUGACCCGAAGCCGCAGAAAGGGCUGACCUCUCGCUUGAUCGACUUCGUGGAGAGUCUGAUCGUCAAGUGGAUGUACGAUACCUCCAAGCCUCAGCACUACCUUUCCGGUAAUUUUGGUCCGGUUUCUGACGAGACUCCUCCUGUUGCGAACCUCCCUGUUAAAGGCCACCUCCCUGAUUGCCUUAAUGGCGAGUUUGUUAGGGUGGGUCCUAACCCAAAGUUUUCUCCAGUGGCUGGAUAUCACUGGUUUGAUGGAGAUGGCAUGAUUCAUGGUCUGCGUAUCAAAGACGGAAAAGCGACAUAUGUCUCUCGUUAUGUAAGGACAUCGCGUCUUAGGCAGGAAGAGUUCUUUGGCAGGGCGAAAUUCAUGAAGAUUGGAGACCUCAAGGGGCUGUUUGGACUUAUCAUGGUUAACAUGCAAAUUUUAAGAGCCAAAUUGAAAGUAUUGGAUAUGUCGUAUGGAAAUGGCACAGGUAAUACGAAUCUCAUAUUUCACCAUGGAAAACUCUUAGCACUGCAGGAGGCAGAUAAACCUUAUGUUGUUAAAGUUAUGGAAGAUGGAGAUCUACAAACGCUUGGCAUGCUGGAUUACGACAAAAGAUUGCAACAUAACUUCACAGCUCAUCCGAAGAUUGAUCCAUUAACUGGAGAGAUGUUCACCUUUUGUUAUGCUCAUACACCACCAUAUAUUACAUAUCGAGUUAUUUCAAAGGAUGGUUUCAUGCAUGAUCCAGUGCCAAUAACAGUAUCAGAACCCAUCAUGAUGCAUGACUUUGCUAUUACGGAGAACUAUGCCAUUUUCCUGGAUCUUCCUCUGUGUUUUAAACCAAAGGAAAUGGUUAAAGAAAAGAAGCUGAUAUUCUCAUUUGAUGAAACAAAGAAAAGUCGUUUUGGUGUACUUCCACGUUAUGCAAAAGAUGAGCUCUUAAUCAGAUGGUUCGAGCUUCCAACUUGCUUCAUAUUCCAUAAUGCCAAUGCUUGGGAAGAGGGGGAUGAUGUUGUUUUGAUCACUUGCCGCAUCGAAAAGCCUGAUUUGGAUAUGGUCAGCGGGAAUAUCAAGGAGAAGCUUGAGAACUUUGGCAAUGAGCUGUAUGAAAUGAGAUUCAACAUGAAAACAGGUCUUGCUUCACAAAGGAAAUUAUCAGAAGGUUCUGUUGAUUUUCCAAGGGUGAAUGAAAACUACACUGGCAGGAAACAAAGAUAUGUGUAUGGAACCAUUUUGGACAACAUAGCAAAGGUCAAAGGAGUCAUUAAAUUCGAUCUGCAUGCCACACCAGAAGCAGGAAAAACAGAACUUGAAGUUGGAGGAAAUGUUAAAGGUAUCGUUGACCUAGGCCCUGGAAGAUUUGGUUCAGAGGCUGUUUUUGUACCUUGCGUGCCUGGCACGACAUCUGAAGAAGAUGAUGGAUACUUGAUAUUCUUCAUGCACGAUGAGGAGACCGGAAAAUCAUAUGUGAACGUGAUUGAUGCAAAAACAAUGUCAUCUGAUCCUGUUGCAGUUAUCGAAUUGCCUCAUAGGGUUCCAUACGGGUUCCAUGCAUUCUUUGUGACUGAGGAGCAACUUCAAGAACAAGGAAAGAUGUGAUGAGUGAUCUAAACUUUGAUGCAGGAGAGAUACGGGCCUCAUGUUGUCAACUCUUAUGUACAGAGAGUAUAUGUGAUGUCUUACCUCAACAGCUUAUUCUCCCACAAGUAUCAUAAUAUUACUGGGGACCUUUAUUUGUCAAUAUUAUUCUACCUCAACCUUAUAAUCUAUAUGUUACAUCUACAGUAUGUUCUAUGCUUUGUAUGUGACAGUGUCAUAAUAAACGCUGUACCUUUCUGCCUCUCAUUCUUAUCA